AUGACAGGGGAAUCUGUGGACGACUGGACACAGUGUCCGCCACCUAGCAGCCGUUUCAAGGUUUUAAUAGACGUAUCCAUCAAGCAAUGCACGGCAGAGUGCGAGAAUCGUCCGGCAUGUGCCUCCCUCGGAUACUUGCGCCGUCCGCGUGUGUGUGAACUGUACGGCAUGCCCGCGGACAAAGGCGGGUCUGGGAGCAGUACCGCCACCUCACAUUGUAUUUUUGUCAACAGGGAAAAUAUAAAGCAAAAGGACGACGACUCGUGCGACUGCCCCACCUGGAGCGUCUGUGACAGGAAGUCGAAAACCUGCACGAUUAAAGAAUGUAAGCCACUGAGGAACGUCAAACAUGGCAAGAUUCUCGGGAACCGAUACGACGUCGGCGCGAGACUGCGCGUGAUAUGUGACGCGGGUUACAAAGAGGAUAUGGAUAUAACGACACUAACGUGUGCCGAUUAUGGUCUCUGGUCGCACGUGCCAUCAUGCGUACCGAAGACGAAGUUCAACAUACCAACGGUUGUCACCUCGCCGCAAACAUCACAAGGAUUCUCAUCAGCCACGAGUACGACAACGACAACUGCGAACGCCCCAACUAAAACCACACACGCUCCAACCACUCCAGAAUCAGCCACGAGUACGACAAAGACAACUGCAAACUCUCCAACUGCAUCCACUUCACUUUCAACCACUCUGGCACCAGCCACGAGUACGAAAACUACAACUGCAAACAUCCCAACUAAAACCAAACCAGCUCCAACUAUUCCAGCAUCCGCCAUUAGUACGACAACGACAACUGGAAACACCCAAACUACAACCACUACAGGUUCAACCACUCCAGCAUCAGCCACGACUUCAACCACUCCAGCAUCAGCCACAAGUACGACAACGACAACUGGAAACACCCCAACUAAAACCAAACCAGCUCCGACCACUCCAGCAUCAGCCACGAGUACGACAACGACAACUGCAAACACCCCAACUAAAACCACACCAGCUCCAACCACUCCAGCAUCAGCCAUGAGUACGACAACGACAACUGCGAACCGCCCAACUAAUACCUUUCAAGCUCCAACCACUCCAGCAUCAGCCACGAGUACGACAACGACAACUGCAAACACCCCAUCUAAAACCUUUCAAGCUCCAACCACUCCAGAAUCAGCCACGAGUACGACAAAGACAACUGCGAACGCCCCAACUAAAACCACACCAGCUCCAACCACUCCAGCAUCAGCCACGACAUCAGCCACGAAUACGACAACGACAAUUGCGAACGCCCCAACUAAAACCACACCAGCUCCAACCACUCCAGCAUCAGCCACGAGUACGACAAAGACAACUACAAACGCCCCAACUAAAACCACACCAGCUCCAACCACUCCAGCAUCAGCCACGAGUACGACAACGACAACUGCGAACACCCGAACUAAAACCACACCAGCUCCAACCACUCCAGCAUCAGCCACGAGUACGACAACGACAACUGCGAACACCCCAACUAAAACCACACCAGCUCCAACCACUCCAGCAUCAGCCACGAGUACGACAACGACAACUGCUAACACCCAAACUACAACCACUCCAGCUCCGACCACUUCAGCAUCAGCCACGAGUACGACAACGACAACUGCGAACACCCCAACUAAAAUCACACCAGCUCCAACCACUUCAGCAUCAGCCACGAGUACGACAACGACUACUACGAACACCCAAACUAAUACCACCCCAGCUUCAACCACUCCAGCAUCAGCCACGAGUACGACAACGACAACUGCAAACACCCAAACUACAACCACUCCAGCUCCAACCACUCCAGCAUCAGCCACGAGUACGACAACGACAACUGCGAACACCCCAACUAAAACCACACCAGCUCCAACCACUCCAGCAUCAGCCACGAUUACGACAAAGACAACUGCGAACGCCCCAACUAAAACCACACCAGCUCCAACCACUCCAGCAUCAGCCACGAGUACGACAAAGACAACUGCGAACGCCCCAACUAAAACCACACCAGCUCCAACCACUCCAGCAUCAGCCACGAGUACGUCAACGACAACUGCAAUCACCCCAACUAAAACCAAACCAGCUUCAACCACUCCAGAAUCAGCCACGAGUACGACAACGACAACUGCGAACACCACAACUAAAACCUUUCCAGCUUUAACCACUCCAGCAUCAGCCACGAGUACGACAACGACAACUGCAAACACCCCAACUAAAACCCUUUCAGCUCCAACCACUCCAGCAUCAGCCACGAGUACGACAACGACAACUGCAAACACCCGAACUAAAACCAAACCAGCUUCAACCACUCCAGCAUCAGCCACGAGUACGACAACGACAACUUCAAACACCCCAACUAUAACCACUCUAGCUCCAACCACUCCAGCAUCAGCUACGAGUACGGCAACGACAACUGCGAACACCCCAACUAAAACCAAACCAGCUUCAACCACUCCAGCAUCAGCCACGAGUACGACAACGACAACUGCGAACACCCCAACUAAAACCACACCAGCCCCAUCCACUCCAGCUUUGACUCCUCAAAUCUAA